ACUUCUAGAUAGGUUAGGAAACAUUUGAAGGAGUUUUAGAUUGAUCACAAUAUUUUCUUAUGAUCAGUGACUAAAAUGACAUGGUUUUUUUAUUAAUAUUACUGGCAAAUAACUAAGAUCAAAUCUUAUUUAAAUUUUUAGCCCUGUCACUUGAACUAGAAUAGAGUGAGGGUGAGGAAUUUCUUGUAACGUUAUAGAGGCUUUUAUUUUGACGGAUGUUUUUAAAGGACUGUGAGCAGGAAGUAAAUACGUAAACGUGAGAAAUUUUUCAAAUAGUUUUUAAUCAACCUUGGUAACUUAACUAUAUAGUGAAGAAAUUUCUUGACCUACUUAUACAUCGCACACAGGAUGAGUAUGAAUGACUUUGCUGUGCUCAGCACUGGACGAAAGAUGCCCCUUGUGGGACUUGGGACAUGGAAGAGUGAACUAGGACAAGUAAAACAGGCAGUUUUUUGGGCAUUACAGUCUGGCUAUCGGCACAUUGACUGUGCUCCCAUUUAUGGGAAUGAGACAGAGGUUGGUGAAGCAUUUCAGGAAAUGAUGGGACCUGAAAAAGGCAUAAGGCGAGAGGAUGUAUUUGUGACCUCCAAACUGUGGAACACAAAACACCACCCAGAUGAUGUGGAACCAUCUCUGUUAAAGACCUUAGAAGACCUAAAACUGGAGUAUCUGGACCUCUACCUCAUCCACUGGCCACAUGCCUACCAACGAGGUGAUAACCCUUUUCCUAGGAAGGAGGAUGGAACCUUGCUGUUUAACAACAUAGACUACAAGCUGACAUGGGCUGCUAUGGAAAAACUUGUGGGAAAAGGCCUUGUCAGGGCUAUUGGGCUUUCAAACUUCAAUAGCAGGCAGAUCGAUGACAUCUUAGCAGUUGCAAGCAUCAAACCAGCUGUUUUGCAGGUGGAGUCUCAUCCAUACCUGGCACAAGUUGAGCUGCUGGCUCACUGCCGGGAUCGAGGUUUGGUAAUGACUGCUUACAGUCCACUAGGAUCUUCUGACCGAGCUUGGAAGCAUCCAGAAGAGCCUGUGCUGUUGGAGGAACCAGCUAUUGCUGCACUAGCAAAGAAGCAUAACAAGACUCCUGCACAAAUUAUCAUCAGGUGGCAAACUCAACGAGGAGUAGUGACUAUCCCAAAGAGCAUUACACAGUCUCGGAUCAAAGAGAAUAUCCAGGUGUUUGAUUUCACUCUUGAAUCUGAAGAAAUGAAUCAAGUGACAGCAUUGCACAGAGGCUGCCGUUACAUUGUACCAACGAUUACUGUUGGUGGUAAGUCUGUCCUCCGGGAUGCAGGACAUCCUCUCUACCCUUUUAAUGACCCCUAUUAAUUCACACUUCUAUGUGAUUCUGUGCCUUGGAACCAAUGUCCAUUCACUGCCUUAGAACCAAUGUCCAUUCACUACUCUGUAUACUUCUAAACACAAUAAAAAAAAAAAAAGAAUUUGUUACAG